CCGCCCCACAACGGGCACCGCGCGUGCGCCGAGGGGCGGCCUCCAUGGCGGCGCCGGCGGGAGCCCCGGCGAGUGGCGAUCUCUGCCUGGGACUAGAGCAGCCUUUUUCCUCUGACAUCGUGUGACCUGCAUGGCUUCCAGGGAGCCGUCACUGGGUCAGAGCGGCUCUUCUGCUACCUUGCCGAUCGCCGUACGCCUUUUGGGCAGCUCCGCUGCGCGGCCACCUCCGCCUCUAUCCGCAGAGGAGCUCCGCCUGCUCGAGCCCAAUGGCCAGGCGCUCUGCGAGCUGCAGCCCCUCGGGGCGCCCAGCGCGCACAUGAUGAUUGUUGCCAGCCAGUCAGAAAAUGGCCAGGUGCUUCACGUCAUUCCUUCUGCCCAGCCAGGAAUGGCCCAGGUGAUAAUUCCUCAGGGUCACCUUCUGGAUGUCACCAGCACUCAGGAUGCUUCAGAAGAGAAGUGUGGUGAUGGGAACUUGCAGACUGUGGCAGUGGCUGCUAUAGCAGAUGGUGCAAGUGGUUACAUUCUCCAUCCACAAGCAUCUCUCACCAUAUCAAAAAAAUCAGCUACCAGGAUAUUAGAAGACUCCUUUCCCAUCCCUCUCCAGCCCUUGCCAACAAAUACACCAUCAUGGGCACGCCGACUCUGGAACUGUGAGAAAAUUGGGGACUCAUACCGCGGCUAUUGUGUGAGCGAGACAGAAUUAGAGAGUGUUCUAACGCUACACAAGCAGCAAACACAAAGUGUGUGGGGGACGCGCCAGUCUCCAAGCCCGGCCAAACCCGCCACACGGUUGAUGUGGAAAUCUCAGUAUGUCCCAUAUGAUGGGAUCCCCUUUGUCAAUGCAGGAAGCAGAGCCAUUGUAAUGGAGUGCCAGUAUGGGCCAAGGAGAAAAGGGUUCCAGUCUAAAAAAUCUGGUGAGCAGGAAAGCGCUUCUGGCUAUCUGUACAAAGCCACUUGCCCAGCAAGGAUCUAUAUUAAAAAAGUUCAAAAGUUUCCAGAGUACAGAGUUCCUACUGACCCUAAAAUAGACAAGAAAAUCAUAAGAAUGGAGCAGGAGAAAGCAUUCAACAUGCUGAAGAAGAACUUGAUAGAGGCUGGUGGUAUCAUCAGGUGGUAUGUGCAGUUACCCACUCAGCAAGCCCACCAAUAUCAUGAAAUGGAAACUUCUUGCCUCCCUUCUUCACCCUCCCAUUUUUCUGCUGCUUUACCUGAGGAGGAGGAGGACAUUGUUAGAGAUGAGAACUGUACUUUGCCUUCCCGCCUUCAUCCUCAAGUGGCAGACAAGAUCCGAGAACUGGUGUCUCAAGGAAUAGAGCAAGUCUAUGCAGUGAGGAAGCAACUAAGAAAGUAUGUGGAAAGAGAAUUAUUCAAACCUGAUGAAGUGCCAGAGAGACAUAACCUAUCCUUCUUUCCCACUGUGAAUGACAUCAAGAACCACAUUCAUGAAGUGCAGAAGUCCCUGAGAAAUGGUGACGUGGUAUAUAACCCAGAAAGCAUUCCAGCAAUGCUGCAGUGGACCACAGACAGUGGGAAUGUUCUCACAGAAACAGUGACUGUUACGUUUGCCUCACCACCUUCUGAUGGGAGCUCACCAGGGGAGUCAGUCAUCACCAAAGCAGAAUCCAGCCAGAGUGCAGAAACCUUACUAUCGGAAAAAGCUCAGCUGUUGUCUUCUCUCUCUUCACUUCAGCCCAAGAUAUUUGCACAACUUCAGGGAUUACAGCUGCAAUCAAACUUUACCUCCACAAAUGGAUCAACAGCACUGAUAGCUGUAAAUAACCAUUCCAGUUCUGUAAGUCUCUUGGAUUCCAUAGAGAGUGCAGUAACCAACCAUCCUCCAGUACUUGGUCAGGGGCACAGUCUGCAAAAAGGUGCUGGCCUAACACAGCACAGUGCUGCUGCUUCUGCUUUUGAGACUUCUGGUACUGAUCAGAAUCUGGUUUCCAUGGGCCAGCUGGUAGCACUUGACAGGGAAGGGGACUCCAGAAGCCUGGAAGGAGGAAUCCAGCAGGUUCUCUUGGGAGAUGUACAGACUAUCCCAGUACGGAUUGUGGAAAGCCAGCCUGCACUUACUGAAGAUAAUACAGAGGCUGGUAUCUGUAUAAGCCAAGUUAAACAAGAGCCAAGAGAAAAAGCACUGUCUGUGGAGCCAGAUAAAAUCAGAGACUGCCAGAGAUCCUCCUCUGUUUAAAUCCGUGAAGGCUGUAAGGAUUUCCUAAUCAGAGGACUGUAAAUGCCUUGGAAAGAAAGGCAGAUACUCUUAAGAUAAUGCCGUUCUUUUUAAAUGGCACCGUGACAUUCCCACUGGGCAUAUUUUACAAUAGUUCUGAUGGACAACUAUUUUGAUUUACAAUUGAUGUGACUCACUGCCAAUUCCAAGUCUACUCAAUUAUCAGAUGAAACUCCUCUUUUAUUUUAUGUUUUGAGUAAUUUGGUUGCUAUCCAAAUGGUCCAUUUUGGCCAGCAUUUCUGAAGGUCUUCCACAGUUAGUUUUAGAAUGUGGAUUAAAAUGCUUGAUUUGCUUUUCUCCAUGAGACCGUGAACUGUUACAGCGCUACGCAGUCCGCAGAAUCUGCCACCUCCCUGACUCUGGAAUCCAACAGCAGAGUUUGUGAACACAGUAGUUUUGUGACAAAACAAAGGUCUGAGAGACUACAUUUCAAAGUGAUGGAGGACAUGGAUGCUUAAGAAAAUGCAGCUUUGACUUGAUCAUGUUAAUGGUGUGAAGAUCUAGGAGAGAAGAAAGGUGAGGAUGCCAGGUGAACUUAGUUGUAUGAUGGAGAAGCAUCUGUGAAUUGUAACAAUGAAUGUUUUCAGCUUAUGAUGUCUUUAAACUUGUGUUCUAACUUUGUAAUCACAGAAUCAUGAAGGUUGGAAAAGUCCUCGAAAUCCAGUCAUCAACUGGUCACCACUAAACCAUGGACCUAAGUGCCAAAUAACACAUCUAUUUGUUGCCACUUGCAGCCUUUGCAGUGUUACUGUAGCAAUAGUUGGUUGUUACAUUUUAAACUAGUCUUGUAUCUAGUCUUUUUUUUUUUUUUUUUUUAAAGAAAGAAGAAUUGAUGCUGCAGUUCCAACUUCUCUACCUUUUGCUUUAUGCACUUAAAUUAUAUUUGAGUUAAUAUCUUAACUUGCUGCUGUUUAUGAUUAUGAGGCUUACAAAAUACAUUACUAACAGAGAGGCCCAAGAGAACAAAGCGAGUAAUAUAAAUCUAAGCAGUAUAUACUGUCAUCAGAACAUUCAGGAAACAAACUUAUUUGGUUUUUUUUUUUCCAGUAAUAGCAGCUUCUACGACUGAACUGGUCUGAAGUACUUAAGAGUUACCAGGAAGUUUAAUGAAGCUGAAUAUGGUUGGAGUAGUACUUUAAAAAAAACUGAGAUCUAUUUAAAGCAGUCAGUGAAAUGAAAUUGAUGCCAUCGUAGGUAUCAAGUUAAACAGUGGCAAUGGUUUUUCAGACACUGAGAUUUUAGAGUAGCCAAAAUAUUUUGUGUACAGCAGUACCAGCAGUUCCUUUUGAAGUGGUUGAGAAAUCGAUCAUAGAAUUAGAUAUUGUUCUGUAUGCUGUACAAGACUGAUGGUGGAAGACUUUCUCUUCUCCCCUCUAAAAAGCAAUAAGAAGAAGAUAGGUUGACUUACGCUGAGAGAAAACAUUAGCAGUGUUGUAUGGAUGUAUGUGAAUGUGAAGAUUAUUGUUUUGAAAUCACUACAUUUAUUAAUAUGCAUUCAAGGCAUUCACAAACCUCAUUGGAAUGGUGGCCAUUUAAAAGUGAAUUUUAACUUUCUUUUGUAUGUUUAAAACUUUCAAAAGUCACAGGAUGAAAUUGUAUUCUUAAUACCUCUGUAAGCAGACUCUGUUAGUUGUUAAACUGUAGACUUAACAUAAACAUAUAUUGACUUCUGUGAGGUUAAUUAACUAUUGCUGUUAAUACUGUUCAUUUUAAGGUUAAUGUUUAUGGAUUAGCUUAAAUCUGAACUUUCCAACAGAUGAUAAAUACAAAGAGCCAGUGUUUCAUCAUGCAAGUGCAUAGAGAAUCUUCAGAUGUUUGGAGUCUCUGAUACUUGUUUCUGCAUGGACUUGUUUUGCCUUACUCAUUUCUGGGUAGGUAAAUAACAUGAGGUUCACCCUUUUGGUGGUGGUAUUUGUUUGUUUGUUUGUUUUCCUGUUAAUUGUGGAAGUGUGUCCGGAGUGGAUGUUCUCUGCUGCAGUCAGUGCUCUGGAGGCAGUAGUCAUCUUUUCAAAUUUAAUUGUUACAUACCAGGAUGGGUACCUUAUUCCACAUUGCCCAGUGAUUCUGCCACCAUCUGUUUUUCUUAAAUUAAUACAUUCCAAAGUAUAUUUCCUUUCUCCCCUUUAAGAACUUCUUUCCCUUUGUGUAUUUUUUUCCUCUUUAAAAGAAUCCUUCCUCAAUUUUUUGGGAGUGCUUAUUCCCAAAGUAAGUUACAGCUAAUGAGCAAUAGGUUAUUUCAGUUUUGGGUCUGUUUUUUUUUUGUUUUGUUUUGUUUGUUUUUUUUUUUGUUUGUUUGUUUGUUUGUUUUCCAAAGGAAUCAAUGGACUGGUGGCUUGUGUAAAAACCUGAAGAAAGAAAUUUUUAUUUCCAGCCAUUCUUGCUUUAGUUCUCUCAUCAGGAGAUCUAUUUUUUAACUGAUCCUGUGCUGAACGAUAUUUCUGAAGGUACUUAUAUUUUUCAUGUAGUGUUCAUAGCUUGUGGAAAUCUUGUAAUCUAUUUUGAGUUACAGGCUAUGAAAUUAUUUUUAUAAACAAGCCUGAUUUGCACGAUACCUUGAAAACAACAGAAGAAAAAGUUGGUAGAAGUUUGGAGAUGCUGUAGACUGUUCAAAGGCUGGGGAUGAAAGUGACAAUUCUGUUCAGUAGGAAAUUUUGUUUGAAAAGCUUCAGCCAAUGUUUUCCUUCAUUUUCACAGAAUUCCACUUAUCUUCCAAAUUCAUAUUCCAGUUUACUACUGAGUUGUCUUUUAAGUUUAUGCUUCCUGUUUGAAGGGUAUGUUUAUGCUUGCUUUGUGUGUGUUGCUGAUGGAGAACACGGGCUGGUCACACAUGUUCAAGCAUCUGUAUUCAGAUAAACAACUUAGUUCACUAUUAUCCACUUAAAAUUUAUAGAAAAAAAAAUCUCACGUAUACAGAAAAAAAUCAUAGGUAAACAACAUCACUUUCAAUGCACUUAAAUUGGUUUGAAUAGAAUACUCAAGGUUGUUUUUUGUUCAUUUGUUUUUCUGAGAAAGCUGUGUAACUUGGUGCACAGUCAUUGGUUGUGGCGUUAAGUUGGAUUUGUGAAUGUUUUUCUGAUGUUUGCUUUGUUUUCUUGUGAUUUUUAUGUUCACGUGUUCAUUUUGCAAACACAGAGAUCCUGAGCUUCCAUGGCACUGUAAAUGAGCAAAGUGUUUUCCAAUCUGUUCUCAUUCUCAGUUGCUGUAAUGGUGGUUGGUUGGCUUUACAAGAAGGGCUGUGCUUAUGUAUAUGCAUGCAAAAAAGUCUUUUGCAAAAGCAUAGAAAAGACACAAAAAAGGCACAUAUCUAUAGCUCUUAUCCAGACUGGCAGCCUCUUGGAUGAAAACCGGUGGUGUUAAUGAGUGCACAGGUUUGUUUUUGCACUGUUCAAAACCCAAAUUUGGUUGUGUGGUAUGAAGACUGUUGCAGCUUAUACAAAAUUUAGAGACACGAAUGUCUGUAUAUGUAUGUAUAUAUUUAUAUUUAUAUAGUAAUUUAAUGUAUAGUACUUCUAUUCAAAUGUAAACUACUUUCUCUUUUAAAAA